AUGAGUGAAAAUAAAGCAAAUUAGUUAGAGAAAGACUAUGGAAUAGAAUUAGUUGACUCAAGUGAAAUAUAGCUCAAAAAAAAAUAUGAUAACUAUAAAUAUAAGAAAUUAGCAUUUCAUGAAAGGAUUUUGACAUUUAGAUUUUGGAAAUACAUUAUUUUCAUAUUUUUAUGGCUUAUAUCUCUCAAACUGAUUGAGAAAUAUACAGGAUUUGGUUCAAUGUUUCUUAUCGCAUCAAUAUUAGUUUUGAUUUUUACAAAUUUAAGUCAUAAAGAGAGAAAAGAAGGAGAACUAAGUGCUUACAGUAUCUUUAAUGAAGGAGCUAAAAGAAUUUUAGGUGAUAAUCCUGAACAGUUCAUGGCUUAAUUUGGUAUUAACAGAAAUAGAGAUGAUUAAAACGGCGAAGAAGAAAUUAAAAAGAAUAAAAAAGUUGUAGAUUUAUAGAUUCCUAAGGAUAGUAAAGAGUGGAUGAAGUAAAUUUCUAAAAUGGGUAAUAAACCUUGCUAUUGUGGUUCUGAUAAGAAAUAUAAAAAAUGCUGUUAUUAUAGAGAGCUUAGACAGUAAUAAGAGUCUUAAGAUUAUAAAAAAAGAUAACAAGACCAAUAGUACAAAGAAGCUAUUUACAGCGACGAGGAUUGA